CACUCAGCGCUGUGCUGCGGAUUUCAGGGGAUCAUGUGAAAAGCCGGUUCAUAAUACAACACUAGAAGAUGUAGCCUACGUUACAUUAGCAAAUACAUCCUUAUUAGAUUACACACUUUAACAUAUAACACUAAAAUCUAAGAGGCACUUAUCUAUACAUUAACAGCGCCCUGUGUGGUUAUCAUGUGUCAUUGAUAGAAUAUUGAUUUGGACUGUUUAUAAGCACAGCUCCCCGUAGGCAAGGCUCAUCAUUAAAAUGAUGCAAGCUGACGCUGGAGAGAAACCGGUUGCACAGCUAAUGUACGUAUUUUAGGCAUCUUUCAGCUCAUAUAUAAGAAGUACUGACACCAACUGAAAGAGAAAAAAAAACCCAUUGUGCAUUGGUGGCUGGGUGAAGAAUGACAGAAUAUAAGCUGGUGGUGGUCGGAGCUGGAGGCGUUGGAAAAAGCGCUCUCACCAUCCAGCUCAUCCAGAACCACUUUGUAGAUGAAUAUGACCCUACUAUAGAGGACUCGUACAGGAAGCAGGUGGUGAUUGAUGGGGAGACAUGUCUGUUGGACAUCCUGGACACAGCAGGUCAGGAGGAGUACAGCGCCAUGAGAGAUCAAUACAUGAGGACAGGGGAGGGCUUCCUCUGUGUCUUUGCCAUUAAUAACACCAAGUCUUUUGAGGACAUUCACCACUACAGAGAGCAGAUUAAGAGAGUGAAAGACUCUGAGGAUGUCCCCAUGGUGCUGGUGGGAAAUAAGUGUGACCUGCCAUCCCGCACAGUGGAUACCAAGCAGGCUCAGGAUUUAGCACGUAGCUAUGGAAUUCCUUUCAUCGAGACCUCAGCAAAAACGAGACAGAGAGUGGAGGAUGCCUUUUACACUCUGGUCCGGGAGAUAAGGCAAUACCGACUGAAAAAACUCAGCAAAGAAGAAAAGACGCCGAGCUGCAUCAAGCUUAAAAAAUGUAUUGUGAUGGGGUUGAUGAUGCCUUUUAUACUUUAGUCCGGGAAAUCCGAAAGCACAAGGAGAAGAUGAGCAAGGAGGGCAAGAAGAAAAAGAAGAAGUCCAAGACAAAGUGUAUACUAAUGUGAAUAAUGCCUCCAUUUCAGUAUCGACUCUGAACAGCUGAAAUAUUAAAGAACUGCAUUUUGUACAUUACACUAAAUUAUUAGCCUCUUCAGAGUACAGAAUGGAUCCCUAUUUUCCUUCAUUUGCUAUCUUACAAACAAAUAAGCUCUUUCUUGUCUAGUGCCAGAUGCCCCAAUGUGUUGGUCCUAAAUUACUUUGUAAUAAUGAAUUACAGCCAACAAUGAAAUUGUAUUGCCAUUAGCAUUUAUCCUGUGGGUAUUUUCCCAAUAUUCACCUAGAGCUUGUCGUUUAGCAGAUGGAAAGAGAAUAGAGGCUACUAGCAUUCUGUGCUUCAGAAUCCUAAGGAUUAAUGUUUUAAUGAGUUACGACUAGAUCUGUGGAGGAGUGUUUUGUGCAGUAUAAAUUAAAGGACAUGCAGUUGAAUAUUGCAGUUUGCCACACACAAUACUAAUAGCACAGUGAACUUUGCAUAUAAGUUAGUUCCUGUUCCAUAUUCAACUUAUUUCUUUUAAUAUUGUACAGAAUUGACCCCAUAAUUUUUAAAUCUGAUUUGGUUAUAUGAUGUAAUGAACAGUAUAUAUCCGUAUAUAAUAUCCUUAUGUAGGACCAACACUAUUUGGGGUAAAAUUUUGAUAUCUCCACCACUGUGUAACAGAUGGAAUGUCUGGGAUGUCAGACUUAUAUUAACCUGCAUGUGAACGUCCAUUGUAGUCCAAUUUUAAGCCUUUGAUAGUGUGUGUGGAUGGUAAGCUCUUAACCCUGAUCAGUUUUCAUUUGCAUGCUAUUCUUUGUGUAAUUUCCUGGAAAGGCAAUGAAAUGUUCGACUGCGUUAACACAUGCCCUGUUUUCCAGGUGGGAAAUUCUUACCCAGUUGAGUGUUUUUUUUUUUUGUUUUUUUUUUUCUGGAAAUGUGUUUUUUUUCACAGUGUUCAGUUUAAUUUAAUGAUUGUCCACAUUGAAUUAGCUUAGAUUAAUGAUAAUAGCUGGAUUUAAAGACUAAAUGCUACAGUAGAGUAAAAAUCAGUUUAGAUGAUCAGUUUCCCAGUCGUCUUAUUACAGUUUGUGGUUAUUGAUUUUGUAAGAAGUUGUAAUGUUUGAACAUCCAGCAGAGGAUUUUUAAGGAUAAGUCUGUUCUGCAGUACAUGAUUUCCCCUGGUGUACCCAGCCAAAUGCCUUUUUAUGAAAAUGUAACCAACCACUAAUAAUUCAAUAAUAUUAAAUAUUAUAUAUCUACUGAUCAGAAAAAAAAACAAGGCCAACAAAUGACUCAUGUCUCAAAUAGCUGCAUAAAUGUCUUUGCAUGGAGACACAACUGACAACUCCAGCUGCUCACUUCUUGUAUCGGCUGCAUGGCUGUAGGAUUGUGAGCAGAGCUAUGAACAAAUCUAACACUUACACACGUCUGCCUUGUCUUGCUAAUUUAAACCCAAAAGGCUGAUGUAAAAAUGGGCCAAAAGGCCAAUGCUGACAAAAUGUCAUUUCAGAGAGCUGUUAAAAACAAUGUUGCCUUUUUUAUUCAUCUUUUUUCCCCUUGUAUCACAGAUCCUUAAUCAGUGCUUUUUCAUUUAUUCCAUCAUAUUACAUGAAUGAAAUGGCCUGAUCUAUUGCUAAUGCUGCAUCUUCUAGGAAGCAAACACACAUAAAAUAAACAAAAUCAGGAUAACUGUUAUUAUGCAAUGUUAAUCCAGGUAAAGGCUGUUUUAAGCUGUUCUGUUACCUCUGUCCCAUUUAGAUAUGGUAACAUGAUUUCAUACUGUAUUCAAAUUAGUAAUUUUUCUGUCUCUCCCCAUCUCACUCUUAUUGUCUCUUUCUCUUCUGUUUGUGGUGUGCCAAUGGAGAAAGUUCUUAAAAUACUUCAUGUAUACCUGGAGUGUAUUUUAACAACCUUUGUACAGUUGUGAUACAGAAAGAUGCAUAUUUUGUAAAUUGUGCUUUAGGUGUUUUUUUUUGUUUUUGUUUUUGUUAAUAAAUGUCACUUUAAUAGACCUCAAAUAACUUCCUCUACUCUAAUUGA